UCAAGCUGAAGACUUGCAAAGCGAAGGUAGUGGUGGAUGGAGGAGCGAGGUCGUGCUGGGGCAUAUACAAGGUAUAUGAUCUCCAAGUCAGCGUUGCUCAUCAAGCGUCAACCAUGACCGAGCAAAAAGUCAGCUAUGAACCCAUCUGCCUCGCACGUAUCUCACCUCGAUGAGCAAAAGUCAAGAGCGAUGCAAGAAGCAAGCAAGAACGAGAUGAGAUCACGAUUGCGUACCAAGACGUCAGAAGCUAUCAAUGAUCGGCACGCAACCGUCGAGUCGGACGCACGCGGACGCUCUGGUUCGCCGCCUCGUGACCUUGGUCCGGUCUGCGUGCACUGCUCAGCAGAAGCCGCUUCUCUCUAUCUCGAGUACUCGCCCGGUCAUGUAGCCUUGACACCGUGCAACAAUUGUCACAGCAAAGCUGUCGAUCCCUACGUCGAGUUCGAGCUGCCUAUCAUCUUGCUGGACUUGGUUCUUGUCAAGCCAUCUGCUUAUCGGCACCUCAUCUUCAACAGACAUCAUCUGCAAGCCUUGCCGUUGCGGGGCUCCCGAGCUAAAGCGGCGAAUGCAAGUGACACGGCAUCAAGUAUGAAGUCCAGAUCAUGGAGAACGCUGAGACAAGGCACUGCGUUGGUUUUGGUGGACGCCUAUGUUCGCUGGCACGAUCUCUGCUUGCCGUCUCACCUUUCCGUCUCUCUUCCCGCUACACUUUCAGAUUUGCUGCACUCCUAUCUAUCUGUGCUCGCCGCUGUAGCGCUCGAAGCCGUCGUCUUUCAUUCGACCAUCCACAUCUUGUGCCUUUUGUUUUUAGCCAUCAAACGUCAAGCUGCCACAUGGGCUUCACGGACAUCUCGGAGUGGUCAUGGUUCAAGAAUAGGUGCAAAAGAAGCGACAGGAGGCGCAUCUAGUGUCACCUUUCGAGCGCCUCCUCCGAAAGUCUAGCCACUUCAUCAAGCCGAGGCGCAGUCGGGCAGCUUCAAAUCAUCGGCGAAUGGUUCAUCGAUUUCACCUGGUUGGAGCUGGACUUAGACACUGGUACGGCUGCAGAGUGGGGCGUCAGAU